AUGAAGUUUCAAGUUGGACUGAUCCUCUUGACAUCCCUCGCGGCUGUCGGCUCUGCCAAGGAGUUCUUCAACCGCGAGAUUUACAAAGACAAGACAGGUCUUCUUGGGCGCCGUAUUCAUCACACUUACGAGGCGCCGGAGGACAGAGACGAGGAUAGACGCCGUGGCCUCAAGGGCGGUUCGCGAAAACUGUCGGGGGAAGGUACAGUGCCUCCUUUGGAAGAAGUGGACGACGACGCUUUCGUCGAGUACGAGCCUCAGACAUUCUACACCGCCGAGACCUUGGACUUCUUCAGGAAAGGUAUUGAUCCUGAAAUUUUUGAAUGGGUCAACCCAGACGAGAUUCAGGCGGGAGAAACUACCUGUGGAUUCUUGAAGCCGGAGCUUGGGUCUCUAUUUGACGUCUACUAUCCCACCAUUGAGGUUUACAUUUGCAUGCGUUUUGCAGACGUACAACCUGCAGCAAAAGGAAAUCUGUUUCUGCACUGCGGUGGACCAAGUUCGUUGUCCGAUUGCGUUGACAGCACUGCUUCUGACUUGGGGCCCAACAACCUUCGAGACUACAACUUUUUGAGUAUCGAUCAGCGUGGUAUGGGUCGGAGUUGGCCCAACUUUGCUCAUGAAGAAUGUGUGGAGGGUGACGUUGUUAGGGCUGACAAUGGAACUAUCUUGUAUGUUGCUAGUCCUCCCGAAUACGAAAAUUCCACUUUUGACAAUAAUGAUGCAGAUGAUAUCAUCUUGAGGUUGCAACCCACGAAGAGAAGGGCUGAAUCCUGCUGGACGUGCGAGACUUGCGACUUCUUCUUGAAUGCUACACAAGAGGAUGGAAAUGUGACUAAUUUCCAUUUCUUGGAGUACUCGGGAACCCGGCAAUUGGCAGAGGACAUUUACCGCAUGCGCAUGGUGCUCAAUGCACCUGCCAUGCAUGUUUAUGGAAUCAGCUACGGAACCACAGUCUUCUCGAUUUAUGCCACGAUUUUCCCAUCUUAUACGGGUUUGUUUGUACUCGAUUCUUGUGCGCCUCCCAAUCCAAAUGCUUUCUACCAAGCGAGCUCUUUCGCGAUCGGCACGAAUGACAGGAUCGACUAUCUUGUUUAUAGUUGCUCUGCUCGCAAUGCCAGAGAACCAGGCAGUUGCCCUGUGGAUGAUAUGAGGGGGUGUCUCGGGGCCCUGGCUGCAGGUUUUAGUGAAAUCUUUGGUGCGGAUAUUGGACCCGGUUUUGUGGGCAGAUUUGCUAUCCAAACGUUCUUGAGGAUCAUGUACAGCAAUUUCGAUCGAGCAGGUGAACUGUGUGAACUUGCCACAGCGGGUGAUUAUGAUGGUGUGCGAGACCUUUCAGCCGAGCUUGCCGAAUCGUCCGGAGUUGACCCUCUAUUGUUUGGCGCGGUUCCUGUCGCAGCAACGAAGAAUGAAUUCGAUCAAAGCUCCAAGCCCACUUCCGAUGACUGGUAUGUUUACGGUAAUGAAGACUAUGUCCCCCUGGAUGGUGGUUCAAUCGGACUUGUAAUGGUGAAUGCCCAGGAUCAAUCCGCCCCUGUCUACGACGAGCAAAGGUUUGCAGUAGAAACAAUUGAGAUCAAUCAGAAAUACACCGGUGCCGGAACAGGGAAUGCAUUCUUUGGCACGUAUUCCACCAACUUCUACUGGCCCAAAGUAAACCCGCUGCCUCCCGCCGGGAACAGUUAUCUUUCUGGCAUCAUUCUUGGAAUUCUGUAUGAUCCCAACACGCCCUACGUCUGGACACAGGAUAUGAGGCUCGGUUUCAAGUUCACUAGCUUAUUGACUUCCCAAUCCAUCUUCCACGGAAUCUACAACGAUCCUACAUGCCUCAGGCACCUUGUGAACUACUUUGAAGAUGGAUUUGUGAACUUUGUGGACGGACAGGUUUGCGGAGCAGACUUUGCCUCUGAAGACGACUUUUUGGACGCAUUCCUCAUUCGCCGUCAUUAG